AUGGCCAAGGACAAUUCAACACCACCGGACCAGGAACCUCCCAGCGAGUAUACACCACAGGCAUGUUUAACAAUUUUGGGCUCAUUCACUGGUCUAUUCUGCACAGUGGGGUUCAUGAACUCAUUCGGGGUCUUUCAAGAAUACUAUGGCAAAGGGCAGCUCGCCGACAAGUCCGAAUCAACGAUUGCAUGGCUAGGCGCGAUCAGCAUCUUUUGCAUUUUCUUCAUCUCGGUAUUUUCUGGCCAGUUGCUUGAUAUGUUUGGACCUACUUUGAUGCUCUGUGUGGGCUCGCUAGGCACCGUGUUCUCACUCAUGAUGGUGUCGCUCUGCAAGGAGUUUUACCAGUUCAUACUCGCGCAAGGGAUCCUUCUCGGAAUUUCAUUCGCUUUACUAGCAUGUCCAAUGCUCGCCCUCGUGGGGCAACACAUCAAGGUGAAGCGCGGCGCAGCGCUGGGUAUAGUGCUCGGUGGCUCGUCUCUUGGAGGCGUGAUAUGGCCUAUUGCCAUCAACGAACUCCUUCAGAAACCAAACAUAGGAUUUGGAUGGACGAUGCGGAUCGUCGCGUUUAUAAUGAUUCCUUUAUUAUCUGUCUCCUGCAUAUGCUGUCGGCCACCUAAAAUAAGCCUUACUCCGACUCAACGACGCGCGUCUGAUGAAGGAAAGGCCACGAUACCCGAGGCCAAACCAUCCGUUCCUAGAACGGACUUUUCGGUUCUCAAAAAGCCCAGUCUCCAGUUAUCCUGCCUCGCAUUUUUCAUCAUCUACUUCGGGAUGUUUUCUCCGUUUUUCUUCACAACCUCCUACGCGGUUGCGAAAGGGUUUUCAACCGACCUAGCGUUUUAUACCAUCUCGAUCGUUAAUGGCGCUUCCUUCUUUGGUCGCGUUCUUCCUGGUAUUGUCGCAGACCGGUAUGGAAAGUUCAACUGUUGCAUCAUCUUUACCUUCUUCUCUGGCAUCAUCGCUCUCUGCUGGACGAAAGCGACCUCCGUGGCUGGCCUGGUUAUGUUUUCUCUCGCAUAUGGGUUUUCAUCAGGAGCUAUCCUUUCCCUCCAGCAAGCCUGCGCAGUGCAAGUCGCCACGCCACAAACAAUUGGUUUAACUAUGGGUACCGUCAUGGCAGCCACAUCUUUCUCAGCCUUGGCCGGAGUCCCUAUUAGCGGUGAACUGGCGGGUAAAUACGGAUAUCUAGCACUGUCCAUCUACUCAGGCGUGAGUCUCUUGGCAGGGAGUGUUCUAUUGGCGGCGGCGCGUUUCGUACAGAGUAGGAAGUUGUUGGCUAUUGUAUAG